AUGACGCGAACAGUUGGUCGGCCCGUGGUGCGAGGUUUGGUGACAUCGCUUCAAGCAUAUCAAUUUGCCGGUGGUAUAGGGUCGCUUGGAGUGGCCAUGUUAUAUUAUGGUGUUAACCCCGUAGUAGCUGCCUUGGGGUUUGUCAACAUAAUCUUAUAUGGAUGGACGUACACUUCAUUGAAACGGAAACAUAUUAUAAAUACCUGGAUCGGUGCAUUGGUUGGUGCGAUUCCACCAUUAAUGGGUUGGGCAGCAAGUUCGAGUUUGGCUAUGCCUGGAGCUUGGUGUCUUGCCGGGUUACUUUAUGCAUGGCAGUUCCCCCAUUUCAAUGCGCUUUCACAUAACAUCGCUGAUCAAUAUAAGCGUGCUGGAUACGUGAUGACGGCAGCAGAGAACCCCAAACUUAAUGCCCGAGUUUCCUUGCGGUAUUCGUUGUUGAUGUUCCCCAUAUGUUUUGGACUAUCAUAUUUCGAAGUCACCGAUUGGAUGUUCCAAUUUGAUUCGGCCAUCUUCAAUGGUUGGUUGUCAUUGCUUGCAUAUCAAUUCUGGAAACAACAGACUAUCAACUACGCUAAGGGUACGAUUCCUACGGAAGAAGGCCUAAGACUUGCCAGUAUCCAAGCAAAAAAAUUAUUCUGGGCCUCAGUAUGGCAAUUACCAGCGAUCUUGAUUCUUUCAAUGCUUCAUAAAAAGGGCCAAUGGGAUGGCAUUCUCUAUCAUUUGGGUCUAAAGGAAGCAUCAAAUAAAUAG